GACCCUGUGGGAGAGAAACAUGCCACCUUCAAAACCCAGCCCUCAUCAUGAAAGAACUGUCUUGCCCUGCUCAAGAUUUGUCACUCACAUGAAGAAUUUCUCCAAAUCUCAUAAAUUGCAUUCUUUCAAACUAAUGUAUUUACCUUUUGCAAUAUUUUCAGAAAGAACUCAGAGUCCAGUGACAUGUGAACGACUGCUUCAUACUUGCCAGUCCAUCAUCCCCAGGUCUUCUGUGAGCACAGAUUCUUUUGAAGAAGAAAACCGCCAAGAAGCCUGUUCCACCCCAGCGUCAUCUGGUGAAAGGGAUGAGGAUUCACUGAGUUUGACGCUCCGGGAGAAAGUUCAAAAGACAAUCAGCAAAACUUCCAAGCAGACCUGGAGCAUCCCAUUUUUCGCACCAAAAAUGGCAGAUAAACCCAGUCUACCACACUCAGAACAUCCUGUGUACUUGGAGGCUACUAGUAGACACACGAGACUUCAAAACCAGUCUUCGAGCGAUUCCAAGGGAAAUUCUCGUCCCCCGGGGAGACCUUCCACGGCCAUCGGCCUGUGCAGGACCAGGAGCCGCUCGGCCCCGCCGAGCGCGGGGCGGAGUCCCUCGGAACCCAGGAUGGAGGAGAGGGCGGCGGUGACAGUAGACUUCAGGGCACACCCAGAUUCCCCCAAAGGGCUCCCAGGGGCUCCCGGAAAUGCAGUCGGCAGAGGCGCGGUUGCCAUGGUAGCGGAGAUGCUCCCCAAGCAUCCUCGUGUCCCGGGCGGACGCCUCCCGUCCUCCCUCUCGGGCAAUCUGGCAGAGGAGCCCCUUCCUGGGCCCGCGGGCGCUUCCACCCAUUUCCACUCCAAGAGGUUAAUAAAGGUCUGCACCGCGGCACCCCGCCCGCCCCGGCCUUUCCAUACGGCUUGUUCACAGGCUUUCCCGAGGCCGGUGGUGAAUGCUCACUUACGCUGA